GCCGGUCGGUGGUCGAGGCCGGGCGGAGAUGGCGGCCGCCGUGCUCGGUGGGCCCUCUGCGGGCUCCGCGCCUGGGGCUCCCGGCGGGGCCGGGGGCUUCUCGGCGGUGGGUUCGGGUCCACGUCUGCGCCUGCUGCUGCUGGAGAGCGUGUCGGGGCUGCUGCAGCCCCGAGCGGGUUCUGCCGUGGCGCCGGCGCCUCCGCCGACCCGCUCGGCCUCCCACCUGCCGGGGCUCAUGUGCCUCCUGCGGCUCCACGGCACGGUGGGCGGGGCGCAGAAUCUUUCAGCUGUUGGCGCAUUGGUGGGUCUCAGUAAUGCACGUCUUGGUUCUAUCAAGACUCGAUUUGAGGGCCUAUGUUUACUGUCCCUGCUGGUGGGGGAGAGCUCCACAGAGAUGUUCCAACAGCAUUGUGUCUCUUGGCUUCGGAGCAUUCAGCAGGUCUUACAGUCCCAGGACCCACCCCCCACGAUGGAGUUGGCUGUGGCUGUCUUGAGGGACCUGCUACGAUAUGCUGCCCAGCUUCCUACACUGUUCCGAGACAUCUCCAUGAACCAUCUCCCUGGACUUCUCACCUCCCUGCUGGGCCUCAGACCAGAGUGUGAGCUUUCAGCACUAGAGGGCAUGAAGGCCUGUAUGACCUAUUUUCCUCGGGCUUGUGGUUCUCUCAAAGGGAAGCUGGCAUCAUUUUUUCUAUCACGACUUGAUUCCUUGAGUCCUCAACUCCAGCAGCUGGCCUGUGAAUGUUAUUCAAGGCUGCCCUCAUUAGGGGCUGGCUUUUCCCAGGGCCUGAAGCAUACCGAGAGCUGGGAGCAGGAGCUGCAUAGCCUGCUGGCCUCCCUGCACAGCCUGCUAGGGACUCUGUACGAGGGAGCAGAGACAGCUCCUAUGCAGUACGAAGGUCCUGGAGUGGAGAUGUUGCUUGCUUCUUCUGAAGAUGGUGAUACCCAUGUCCUUCUUCGGCUUCGGCAGAGGUUUUCUGGACUGGCCCGCUGCCUGGGGCUCAUGCUAAGCUCUGAGUUUGGGGCUCCUGUCUCCGUUCCUGUGCAAGAAAUCCUAGAUAUUAUCUGCAGGACCCUCAGCAUCAGUGCCAAGAACAUAAGUUUGCUUGGAGAUGGUCCCUUGAGGUUGCUGCUACUACCAUCUGUCCACUUAGAAGCUUUGGACCUACUGUCUGCACUCAUCCUUGCGUGUGGAAGCCGACUCUUGCGCUUUGGGGCCCUGAUCAGCCGCCUCCUUCCCCAGGUCCUCAAUGCCUGGAGCAUUGGUAGGGAUAACCUCUCUCCGGGCCAGGAGAAGCCUUACAGCAUCAUGCGGACCAAGGUGUAUGCUGUAUUAGAACUGUGGGUGCAAGUUUGUGGUGCCUCAGCUGGAGUGCUUCAGGGAGGUGCCUCUGGAGAGGCUCUGCUCACCCACCUGUUAAGUGACAUCUCGCCUCCCGCUGAAACCCUCAAGCUCCGCAGUCCUCGGGGGAGCCCUGAUGGUUUGCAGACCAGCAAGCCUAGUGCUCCAAAGAAGAUAAAACUGGAUGUUGGGGAGACUAUGGCCCCACCCAGUCACCGGAAAGGGGAUAGCAACGCUAACAGUGAUGUGUGUGCAGCUGCACUGAGAGGCCUCAGCCGGACCAUCCUCAUGUGUGGGCCUCUCAUCAAGGAGGAGACUCACAGGAGAUUGUACGAUCUGGUGCUCCCCCUAGUCAUGGGCAUCCAGCAGGGUGAAGGUCUGGGCAGCUCACCAUACACCAGCUCCCAUUGUCGCCAAGAGCUCUACCGUCUGCUGCUGACUCUACUGCUGGCACCUUCCCCUCGAUGCCCUCCUCCUCUUGCCUGUGCCCUGCAGGCUUUCUCCCUUGGCCAAAGAGAAGACAACCUUGAGGUUUCCUCUUUCUGUUCAGAAGCUUUAGUCACCUGUGCUGCUCUUAUCCAUCCUCGGGUUCCUUCUCUGCAGUCCAUUGGUUCUACCUGUUCUGCGCCCACACCUGUCCCACCUCCUGAGGCUCCAUCUCCAUUCAGAGCUCCGACAUUCCAUCCCCCUGGUCCCCUACCUGCAGCAGGCCCCUUGCCUGUGACAGGUCCCAUGCCCUCAGUGGGCCCCAUGCCCUCAGCUAGCUCCAUGUCCUCUGCAGGGGCCAUGACCUCUGCAGGCUCCAUGUCCUCAGUGGGCCCAGUGACCCCUGCACGCCCUGGACCUCCAGCUACAGCCAACCAUUUAGGUCUUGCUGUCCCAGGCCUGGUGUCUGUUCCUUCCAGGCUUCUCCCUGGUCCAGAGAACCACCGGGCAGCCUCAAAUGAGGACCCUGUCCUUGCUCCUAGUGGCACUCCUCCACCUAUUCCCUCAGAAGAGACUUUUGGGGGGAGAGUACCCAGACCAGCCUUUGUCCAUUAUGAUAAGGAAGAAGCUUCCGACGUGGAGAUCUCCUUGGAAAGUGACUCUGAUGACAGUGUGGUGAUCGUGCCUGAAGGGCUGCCACCCAUGCCACCUCCACCCCCUGCAGGCACCACACCACCCCCUGUCGCCCCAACUGGGCCACCAACAGCCUCUUCUCCUGUGCCUGCCAAGGAGGAGCCGGAAGAACUUCCUGCAGCCCCAGGGCCUCUUCCUCCACCCCCACCUCCUCCUGUCUCUGGUCCUGUAACACUUCCACCACCGCAGCUGGUUCCUGAAAGACCAUCUAGUGGGGGAGGACCUCCAGCUCUGGAAGAAGACUUAACAGUUAUUAAUAUUAAUAGCAGUGAUGAGGAAGAGGAGGAAGAGGAGGAGGAAGAAGAGGAAGAGGAGGAGGAAGAAGAUUUUGAAGAAGAGGAUGAAGAAGAGUAUUUUGAAGAGGAGGAAGAGGAAGAAGAAUUCGAGGAGGAAUUUGAGGAAGAGGAAGGGGAGUUAGAGGAAGAAGAGGAGGAAGAAGAAGAAGAGGAGGAGGAAGAGGAGAUGGAGGAGGUAGAAGAGUUGGAGUUUGGCCCCGCAGGAGGGGAGGUAGAAGAGGAUGGACCUCCUCCUCCUAGUCUCCCUCCAGCUCUGCCCCCACCAGAGUCUCCCAAGGUACAGCCUGAGCCUGAACCAGAACCUGGGCUGCUGUUGGAAGUGGAGGAGCCUGGGGCUGAGGAAGAACAGGGGGCUGAGACAGCUCCCACACUUGAUCCGGAGGUACUCCCUUCGCAGGGAGAGGUAGAAAAGGAAGGAGAAAGCCCUCCAGCAAAAUCCUCUCCACCUCAGGAGCUUGUUGAAGAAGAGCCUUCUGCUCCCCCAGCCCUGCUAGAAGAGGGAACUGAGGGUGGGGGUGACAAGGUCCCAUCCAUGCCUGAGACAUCUGGGGCAUCUGAGGCAGCAGAAAUGGAGGCACAGACAGAGACAGCAGAUCUUCAGGAAAAGGAGCAUGAUGAAACAGCUGCCAUGUUGGCUGACUUCAUUGAUUGUCCUCCUGAUGAUGAGAAGCCACCAUCUACCACAGAGCCUGAUUCCUAACCCUCUCCUAUACCUGCACCCUUUUUUCAAAUAAAGUUAUGUCCUGUGUAA